UUGUCUUCAAGGUAAAAAGUGCCUAUUUGCAGUCAUUGCCUCUACCACCACCACCAGGAGCUUGAGCUGAGAGGAAGCUACGGUUUUCACUACUCACACUCAGAACACCCCCUUCAAAUGAUCUGUUAAAACAUGGUGGGUUACUAUGAAGUUCUAGGAGUGCAGAGCCAUGCUUCACCUGAGGACAUUAAGAAGGCUUAUCGUAAGGCACUUAAAUGGCACCCUGAUAAAAAUCCAGAAAAUAAAGAAGAAGCUGAGAGAAAAUUCAAAGUAGUAGCUGAGGCAUACGAAAUACUAUCAAAUAAUGAAAAAUGGGAUAUUUAUGAUAAAAAUGGCCAAGAAGGAUUAAAUGGAGGAAGCAGAAGUCAUUUUGAUGAUUUUUUUGAAUAUGGCUUCACAUAUAAGCCAGAUGAUGUCUUUAGAGAAAUUUUUGGUGAAAGGAAUCCAUUUUCAUUUCAUUUCUUUGGCGUGGCAGAUGAAGAGGGCUUUGCAGAAGAUUACAGCUGGAGAAGAGAGUCAUUCAACAAUUCUUCACCAAAGUCCUACAGCCCCAAACAUGUAACUCAAUAUACUUCUGUGGACAAUGAUGAGCAAGAUACACCUUGGGUCACUAGCAACCGGGAUCCCUCUAUUUUCUCAGCAGAAUUCAAAGAAGGUGGUAAGAGGGGAAAAAAGAAGCAUAAAGAGGUGCAGAAGAAGUCAACCAAAAGGAAUCGUUAAAUUGACUCUUCAGGCACACUAUGUUCAUUUAACAAUUA